CGUGUGCAUGUUUAUAUAUAUCUACAGAUAUUUACAAUCUUGAUCAGAUGAUGAGUGAGUCCCACAUCAAAUUGCUACUAGUAUUUGGUUAAUAUAAAUUCCUGCUUUCUUGCUUCAACAAACUCAUCGUAUAUCCAUUUUCUUUAAGUUCUGAAAAUGGCAACUCCCCAAGAAUCCUCUGCUCUUGAGCUUAUUAGACAACAUCUUCUUGGAGACUUCACUUCUACUGAUGUCUUUAUUAGUAAUCUUGAUUCUCAUAUUUCUUCUCUUGUCCACAAUCUCCAACCCGUUAAACUUGAAACCCAAGAUGAAUCUUUAUCUGGGUCUGAAUCCAACUCCUCUGUUUCCGACUCGUUUCAAUAUACCCACGAAUUUGUUGACUUAAAAUCUCAAGAGUAUUCAGGUUCUGGUUCGGUAAAGCGGUCUUCGACACCUAAAGCCAAACCGGCUGAUGAUGAUGAGAAGAAGCAUUAUAGAGGGGUACGGAGAAGGCCUUGGGGCAAGUUUGCAGCGGAGAUCCGUGACCCGAGCAGGAAGGGCAGUCGGGUUUGGUUAGGAACAUUUGACACUGAUAUAGAUGCUGCAAAAGCUUACGACUGUGCGGCGUUCAGAAUGAGAGGCAGAAAAGCAAUCCUUAAUUUUCCGCUGGAGGCUGGACGGGCUGAUCCGCCAGCAAAUACUGGCAGGAAGAGAAGGAGAGUCAAGAGAGAGGAUGUUCCGCCGGAAUCUGGUGACUUGUCACCGGUUAGUUGGGAUUCCGGUUGUGUGGGAGGGGAAGGGGAGGGAGUUUUUUUUUAUGAAGAGCAACCGUCACCGUUAUUUUGCUGAAGUGUUAGUGUAUGAUUGGUGUAGAGUUUAAAAAGGGCCCCAUAUCGAACCUGCCCCACUUAACGCCAAUAAAUCGCUUGUACAGUAUGUUAAUAUAUGUAUUGACUAUUGAGGAAGAUGUUAAUAUUAAGACCUUUAUUUAAAGUAAA